GUACGACAGGAACGACGACAGGGAUGGCUGGGACGAUGAUGGGCAUGACAAGGACGACAACGAGCACGACGGAGACGAUGGAAGGGUCUUCAGGGACGACAGGAACGACGGCAGGGACGACGGCGACGACGGGGAUGACGACAGCGGCGACGGUGACGAUGGGGACGACGGCGACGGCGACGACUUGUGCCACCUCUGCCUCUUGCUCUUCUUCCUCCUCCCAUCAUGGAGAGCGCGUUCCGCUGGGCCUGGCAGUGUCGACGGCACGGCUCGCGCGGGCAGGGCCUCGACGCGGCCGGCGGCAUAGUGGCGCCCAAGGCACGGGCGGUGGUGGCUGGCAAGCUGCUGGCGGUGCUGGGAAGGGCAGGCAAGGUUCAUACCAUGACAUCGCUUCUGGCGCGGAGGUGGAUCGCUCUGGAUCUGCCGCACCUCGUCGAGCUGUUCCUCCUUGCCCGCCCGGGUCCGGGCAAGCCUCGUGCCGUCUCGGCCUACUUUGAGUCGGUCCUCCUCCCACAGCUCGCUGCCGCUCAUCGCCCGCCCGAUUCCGACGCCGACGGCUCUGCCGCUGACGGCUCUGCCGUCGAUGUUGUUUUGGCAGGCGGCCAGAAGGAGAUCGAAGCGGCGGCGGCGGCGGCAGCAGCAGCGGCAGCAGCAGCUACGCCCGGAACCGGCACCGGUGCGGGCUUUAUGGAUGCUCUCAUUUCGGCUGCGCUCGAUGCGCAUGAUGCGCUGCUGCCGCACCUGCACGCGUUGGUGCGGACAUACGCCGAAGUGGCGCCGGACCUUGCGCGGCAUGGGACAUACCUGCACACUGCAGCGUGGCUGCUGAAGACCGCGCAGCUAGUCCUGCCGCCAGAUGUGGCGCUGCCCUCGCUCCCACCACUCAUCUCAAUCCUGCGACGGACGCCGGCGCAGGAGCUCGAGGUCGUCGACGCCGUCGUGGCUGUGGCGCGCGACCACCCGGGGCUGACGUGCUCGCCUGACGCCGCCAGGCUGAUGGACCGUGCUGGGUAUCUCAUUGGCCUUGGUGGCUCGCCGGACCGUGUCUUUGCCUUUGGGCUCUCUGUACCCCGGCCGCAUCUGCCUGCUGUCUUCUAUUCGGUCCUCACUUCGCUGGUCCGAGCCGAGUCGCUCGAUCUUGCGGCUCAGUUUUACACAGAGGCCCGCAGCGCGGCGCCGCUGGACACACUCUCGGUGGCAGCGCUGCGGCACUACUUCCACGCGCUGGUGCGGUCGAACGCUCUUGUGCCUGCCAUGGAGGUCUACGACGCGAUGCGGGCGCACCCUGCAGCCAAGCCGUCUUGGCAUCUGCCUGCGGCGCUACUGCGCAAGUCGCCGACCUCGGCGUUUGUUCGCGGCCACGUGUGCUCACUGUGGAGCCACGUGAGUGACGAUGGACUUGCUGCCCAUCUUCCAGCGAGCGUGUACGCCUCAUUCCUCCACGCGUGCGCCCUCGAGCUGGCGUCGGCGCCUAGCAAGGCCGCCGAUGUGGCGGCGACGGUCGACGCCAUCCUCCACGCCGCGCCGGAAUCCGAGUGUCUGCCCGAGGCUGCGCUCGGCGCGCUGGCGGCUGCGGCGCCGGCCGACUCGCCGGUCGCGGUGCUGGCGACUGCGACGGCGGCAGAGCUCCAUGGCGAGGUCGGGCCCGAAUGGGUCGAGGGCCAGCUUCGGCUGCUGCUCGAGAGCGACCAGGUUGGCGCGCCGUUUGCCGGAGCGGUCGGCACCAUGCUUCGCCAGCGUAUCCGGCCGACAGUCCGCAUUGCCCAGCUCAUGCUGCGGGCGGUCAAGCGGCUAGCGUUUGCCGACAACCCCAACGGGCCGUCGCCGCGGGUUCUCCUCGAGUCGUACGCCCAGCUCUGCCUCGCGGCGCGGUUGGCGUUGCCGACCUCGACCCUCUCUGCCGCCGCCUCGCUGUACAUGCAGCUCGACAUGGCGCCACAGGGCUUGCUCUUCCUUGCGCACGCCUGUCACCCCGCGCUGCCACAGGCUGCCGUCCGCGCCCUCGUCGCGCGCGCCGGCCGCGACGGCGCCCAGCCGGCUGCCGCUCUGCUUGCCGCCCGUGCUGACCUGACGGUGCCGACCCGCGACGCCCUCGCCGCUGCUGCUGCUGCAAUGGUCUAGUCCUCUAGCUCCAGUUAAUGCUCCAGUCUGAGGACAAGCUGGACGAGCUUGACGAGCUUGACGAGCUCGAGCGCGAGCGCGAGCGCGAGGUAAACAGGUGC